GGAGUGCCUGUAAAAACUCCAUGCCGAGGGCACAUUGUCUACCCCAUUGCAUAACGUGGCGUUUUUCCAAAGCUACCAUGGUCCAGAUGAGUUAGUCAAGAUAGCGACGCCCACCACCGCUGCAGCCUUCUUCAAAACUUUAACUGCACUCGACUUGUGGAGGAUUUCAUUUCUAAGAAAAUAUGUCUGAAGUUGUGCACAUGAUAGACAGUGAGGUAUUCUUGGCCUUCUCUACAUAUGCCACCAUUGUCACCCUGAAGAUGAUGCUUAUGUCCCCUUUGACUUCUUACUUUCGCUUGACGAGAAAGGCCUUUGCUAAUAUGGAGGAUACCACUUUGGACCUGUCUAAAGAGGAUAAGAAGAAAAUGGUAAAGGUUGACCCUGAUGUGGAACGGGUUAGAAGAUGCCAUCAGAACGACCUGGAGAACGUCAUCCCUUUCCUGGUGGUCGGCCUUCUCUAUGCCCUGACCGGGCCUGCGCUCAGCUCGCUGCUGCACUUCCGGGUGUUCGUGGGCUCGCGCUUCUGUCACUCCGUGGCCUAUCUGGUUCCCUUGCCCCAGCCCAGUAGGGCUCUGUGCUUCAUGGUGGGCCUGCUAACCACCUUCUCCAUGGCUCACAGGGUCGUCACCACUGCACUCUACCUGUAGAGGAUGCCACUGUCACUUAUCAUCACCUGUGACUUCACUUCAAGUACUCACACCAGUUGCAUUGCACGUAAUUUGUAAUAUUUCAAUUUUCAUAAUGCUUCUUGAAUGAUAUGAACCCACUGGAAUAUGACACUCAAGUGCAGUGUGUGGGAAAUCUUUACAGUUAGUUAAACUGUGGGUUUAAACUACAAUUGUCCCACAUUGUCCACUGUCAUUUAAUUUCAGUUGAUUUCAUUCCAUUGUCUUUCAUUUCAUUUCAUUCCUCUUUGUCAUCUUUUUUCAUUCAUCUGUUAGCUUUAUCAAGUGUGGCUGAUUUUUGGACAAAUUGUUGACCCAUUGAGUCAUUUAGGUGGAGUGUUCUUCAGUACACCGAGAACACACAAUUACCAUGAUGUUUUUUAUAGAAUGUAUAAAGAAAAGCAAAUAAAAUAAUCUCCAGUCUA